UUUUGCGCAUCCUGAAUCAGCUCUCACCUAGGCCAAAUCUGCCCAUGUGGCUGGACUCCUCGAAUCCGCACCCAGUUCUAGGCAGCGGCAUCCCAAGGUCAUCGACCCUCACUUCCAUCUCUCCCUAGCUUUCCUUCUUCUCGUCGACGCUGCUUGGAGACUUGCGUGACUUUUGCAAGUCAAGCGGGAGAGUUGGAUUUGUGAUGUUUGUCAAGCACCUGUUGGAGAAAGCCAUGGGGCAGAAUUCACAACAUGGAAAUAUUACAUCAAGCAGCCAUGAUUUUCAAGUUGCUAUGCAUUAUGGUAUCCCUUAUACUGCAUCUAUUCUUGCUUUUGAUGCUGUUCAGCGACUCCUAGCAAUUGGAACAUUGGAUGGUAGAAUAAAGAUAAUUGGUGGUGAUAAUAUUGAAGGCCUUCUCAUAUCACCGAAGAAGUUGCCCUACAAAUAUUUAGAGUUCCUCGACAACAAAGGUUUUAUUAUGGGUGUUUCAAAUGAGAAUGACAUUCAGGUUUGGGAUCUCCAAUGCAGGAAAUUAUCUUAUUCUUUGCAGUGGGAAUCCAACAUUACUGCCUUUGCUGUUAUUAGUGGAACUUAUUUGAUGUAUGUUGGAGAUGAGAAGGGACUUCUUUCAGUACUACAGUAUGAUGCAGAUGAAGGAAAGCUGUUCAGCAUGCCUUAUAGUAUUCCACCAAAGCCUCUUUCUGAAUCAGUUGGUGUUUCAAUUCCCGAUCAACAACAGAUAGUGGGAAUUUUGCCGCAGCCUGGUACCUCUGGCACCAGGGUGCUGAUUGCAUAUGAGAAUGGGCUGAUUAUACUCUGGGACAUAUGUGAAAGCUGUGCCAUUUCAGUGAGAAGUUCUAGGGAUCUGCAGCUGAAGGGUAAGGAACAUAGUGAGCCUCUCUCUGUUGCUUCGAAUGACCUUCCUGAUUCUGUAGUUGAUGAACAAGAGGAGAAAGAGAUUUGCUCCAUUUGCUGGGUGUCUAACUCGGGCUCCAUCCUUGCCGUGGGAUAUAUUGAUGGGGAUAUAUUAUUAUGGGAUCUUUCAGUAAGUUCCUCGGUCAAAGGGAAAGAAAGCACUGUAUCAUCUAAAAAUGUUGUCAAGUUACAGCUGGCUUCUGGAGAUCGCAGGCUCCCUGUCAUUGUUUUGCACUGGUCUGCUAAUGCCAAAGCAAAUAAUGAUAAGUGCGGACAGCUUUUUAUCUAUGGUGGCGAUGAUAUGGGGUCUGAAGAAGUUAUAACGGUUCUGAAUCUUGAAUGGACCACUGGCAUAGAUACCGUAAGAUGCACAUCGGAUGCAGAGCUAAAUCUUAACGGAUCCUUUGCAGAUAUGAUUUUAGUGCCUAAUGCUGGACCUGCAAAUCUUAACUCUACUGCUGCACUUUUCAUAUUAACUAACCCUGGUGAAAUAAAUGUCUAUGAUGAUGCUGCUCUUUCCUUGCUGAAAUCUACAGAGGGUGAUGCUCGUGCUUGGGCAGGAAAGUUUCCUGUUGUAGUACCAACUAUCGAUCCACUCAUUACUGUUGCAAAGCUAUUUUCACUACCAAUGGACCAGAACUCUUCUAAGGCUUUAUUAAAGAAAGCCUUUGCUAAGGGAAAUAUAAAACCAACUUUGUUGAAUGGUACAAAGUGGCCUUUGACUGGUGGAGUCCCAAGUGAAUCAACCGUUUCUGAAGACAAUGGCAUUGAUAGACUAUAUAUAGCAGGUUAUCAAGAUGGAUCUGUUAGAAUAUGGGAUGCUACACAUCCCAUUCUAGCACAAAUGCUAGUUUUAGAUGAUAAGGUCGCAAAUAUUAAAGCGGAUGACCAAAGCAGAUCGGUAUCAGCAUUGGACUUCUGUUUCUUAAAUAUGAGUUUAGCUGUCGGGAAUGAGUUUGGUCUUGUUCGAGUCUAUAAGCUGCAAGGAGGCACUAAUCAUUCAAAUAUUAUCUUUGUGAAUGGCAAUAAACAUGAUGUUCACCCUGUGCGCCAAGGAGAAGGAUUUCAUUGUACUGCUGUGUUCACUCUAAGUUCACCCAUUCGAACUCUGCAAUUUGCAAAUUGUGGUGACAAAUUAGCUGUUGGAUUUGAAAGUGGCAAGGUUGCAAUGCUGGAUCUGACUUCUUAUGCAACUUUAUUCCAAACAGAUUGUUUAUCUAGCACAAGUUCUCAGGUCAUAUCUAUUGCAAUGGAAUUGAAUCCACUCGUCAACACCAUGAUAAGCAGUCCAAAGCAUCCAAGACCUGAAGAUCUUAAAGAAUCUUCAGAGUUGCUAAUGUUUAUUUUAACAAAGAAUGGUCAUGUUAUUGUUGUUGACAGCAUUAGCGGCAAUACAUUAAAUUCGAUGUCAAAGCCCACAAAAAAGGAGUCUGCAGCAAUUUCCAUGUAUGUUAUAGAUAGUACGACUGUCUCUGAAAUACUUGAUGAGAGGCAACAAGUUUUAGAUGAUUAUUUAUCCAAAAGUGAUUCAAAAAAUUAUGAUUCCAGCAAUAACAGAAAACAAGGAAUUGAGCAGCAUUCCAGCGAUGCUUCAAACUCUUCAGAUCUUUUAUUGGAUCCGCUUCUUUUACUCUGUUAUGAAAAUUCACUACGAUUGUAUUCCGUGAAAUCUGUGCUACAGGGAGAGAGCCACUCCUGUCGCAAAAUAAAACUGGCAAAACAUUGUUGCUGGUCAACAAUUUUUAGGAAAAGGAAUGAGAAGUCUUGUGGCCUAAUUUUACUUUACCAGACCGGGGAUCUUGAGAUUAGAUCUUUGCCAAAUCUUGAAAUUGUUUCUGGAAGCUCCUUGAUGUCAAUUUUGCGGUGGAGCUUCAAGACAAACAUGGAGAAGACAAUGAGCUCAUAUGAUAAUGGGCAGAUUAGUAUGGUGAAUGGUUGUGAAGUUGCUUUUGUCUCCCUUUUGGCCUGCGAAAAUGACUUCAGAAUUUCAGAAUCUCUGCCUUGCCUUCACGACAAAGUUCUAGCUGCAGCUGCUGAUAGUGCUUUAACACAUUAUGCUAGUCAGAAAAACAAACAGGAUUCAUCUCCGAGGAUUCUUAUUGGUUUGAUCAAAGGACUAAAAGGGAGUAGAGCAGAGAGCAAUGCAGACACUUCUGAUCAUACCGUUAAGCCCGGUUUUUGUAAAAUAGAGGAUUAUUUUUUAAAAGAUCCCUUUUUAGAACCGUCACUUGUUGCAACUGAUCACCAAGAAAUUGAACUAAGCAUUGAUGAUAUUGAGAUUGAUGACAGCCUACCAGUAGCAUCUAGUUCAUCUAGUGUUUCCAGUUCAUCCGAUCCAAAGAAACAAAAGAAAAAAGAUGAGAAUAAGGAUAGAGAGAAGUUAUUUGAUGGAGCAAAAAAUGAUGCGAAGCCUAGAGUAAGAACUCCUCAAGAAAUCUUGACCAAAUAUAAAUUUGGCGGGGAUGCUGCUGCUGCAGCAGCUCAUGCAAAAGAUAAACUGGCAGAAAGACAGGAAAAACUAGAGAGGCUUAAGAAAAAUACUGAAGAGUUGCAAAGUGGAGCUGAAAAUUUCGCUUCAUUAGCUAAUGAACUUGUGAAGACUAUGGAGAACAAGAAAUGGUGGAAACUAUGACGACAGGAAGAUUGGAAAUGAUUAUUAUUAUUAUUAUUAUUAUCAUUUAAAAUGCUUCUCCGGUGAUUAAUUUGUACCAAUUCCAGCUGCUAUGAGCUGUAGCAGAAUGCCUCAGGAAGCACUUGAUCUAAGGGCUUUUUAGUUGCCAGUAGUUCUUUAUGGCUUUGGCUUCAACAACGAUUGUAACUUGUAAUUUUGUUUUUAAUUUAUAAUUUUUUAAGUUUUUUUCAGAUAUCUGUAUCUAAAUUAGAGGGGAUAUUUAGUGCUUCCUAUGAUCAUCAUGUAGAAUAAAUAUCAUGAUUUUAAAAUUGAAUAAAUAUUUUUUAGUAACAA